AUGGCGACUGUGCGGCGUCUGCAACAGACCUUAUCUCACGUCCAACCUCCCAAGGUGACGCAGCAGCUCUCGAUUUUCUAUGGUCCGACUCAGCCAGAGCUGCUGGAGAUCACACUUGGGGAGCUGCUGUCGCUGCAGAGUCUCCAGUAUGGCGACUAUGAGUGUCUCGUGUUUCCCUGGACGGGAGCCCGAUGGACCUACGCCGACUUGGACGAUGAGGCCAACCGAGUCGCACGGGGCAUGCUGGCCUUUGGAAUCAAGAAGGGCGACAGGAUUGGUAUCAUGGCGGGCAACUGCGAGCAGUACAUCUCCGUCUUCUUUGCGGCGGCGCGGGUGGGAGCUAUCCUGGUUGUGCUGAACAACACGUAUACUCCAUCCGAGCUGUACUAUGCGCUUGAUCAUACCGACUGUCGACUACUCUUCCUGACCCCUCGCAUCGGCCGGCACUCCCUGGAGGAAGUCCUCACCAAACUGGGCCCUCGCCCAAAGGAAAAUGGGCUCUCCAAAGCUCUCGAGGAGAUUGUCAUCCUCCGCGGCACAUACGCAAACUUCAGCACAUACGAUGAGAUCAUCAAAAAGGGUCUCUCUCUCCCCACAGACGCCCUGAUGGACCGUGAGACCGAGCUCCACCCGGAAGACGUAUGCAACCUGCAAUUCACCAGCGGUUCGACCGGAAACCCCAAGGCGGCCAUGUUGACGCACCACAACCUAGUCAACAACUCCCGCUUCAUCGGCGACCGCAUGAAGCUCACUUCAUUCGACACGCUAUGCUGUCCGCCCCCGCUGUUCCACUGCUUCGGCCUAGUGCUCGGGAUGCUCGCAGUAGUGACGCAUGGGGCGAAGAUCGUCUUCCCCGGCGAGACGUUCGAUCCCCAGGCGGUGCUCCACGCCGUCUCCGACGAGAAAUGCACCGCCCUGCACGGCGUGCCGACCAUGUUCGAAGCGAUCCUGAGCCUGCCCAAGCCGGCCGGCUUUGACAGCUCCAACCUGCGCACGGGGAUCAUCGCCGGGGCACCCGUGCCCCGCCCGCUCAUGAAGCGGCUGUUCGAGGAGCUGAACAUGACCCAGUACACCAGCAGCUACGGCCUCACGGAGGCAUCGCCCACGUGCUUCAACGCAGAGACCACCGACAGCAUCGAGACCCGCCUGCGCACGGUGGGUAAGGUGAUGCCGCACGCGCAGGCGAAGAUCAUCGAUGCUCACGGACACAUCGUGCCCGUCGGCGAGCGCGGAGAGCUCUGCAUUGCGGGCUAUCAGCUGACAAAGGGCUACUGGAACAACCCCGAGAAGACGGCCGAGACGCUCAUCACCGACGCCGACGGCACCACGUGGCUGAAGACGGGCGACGAGGCACUGUUCGACGCGGACGGUCGCUGCACCAUCACCGGGCGCUUCAAGGACAUCAUCAUCCGCGGCGGUGAAAACAUCUACCCGCUGGAAAUCGAGGAGCGCCUGGCCGCGCACCCGGCCGUCGAGAUCGCGUCCGUUAUCGGCAUUCCGGACCAGAAGUACGGCGAGGUGGUUGGGGCAUUUAUUGCGUUGGCGCCAGGCUACGAGAACAAACGACCGUCGGACGAGGAGCUGCGCACCUGGACGCGCGAGACCCUCGGCCGGCACAAGGCGCCCCAGUAUGUCUUUGUGUUUGGACAGGAGGGCGUGGACGCGACGAUUCCCAUUACGGGCAGUGGGAAGGUGCGCAAGGUGGAUUUGCGGAAGACGGCCGCGGCGGUUUUGGAGCAGCGGAAGGCAAAUUGA